UAAACAUUGUUCGUUGCAUCCAAAACACAAAUGUAAAUUAAAUAACAAAGCCACUAGCUUUAAAUUCAUCGCUUCAAGCCGCUACCAACAGCUUUUUGACCGUACAUUUUGCUUUUAAUAUAGCCAAGCAACAUGGGUGAUGAAUUCGAUGGCUGCGAAUGCAUUUGGUCGCAUGAAUUGGCCAUGCGCCGGCUAAUAAAUUUCAUACGUCAAAACCAGAAUGCUUGCACAGACACUGAGUGUAUCGAUGUCAGCGGACGUGUCUCGCAGUCCAGAUUGGCGGGUGGGGAUAACGACAAUAGCUUCACUAUUGCCGUAGUUUUCAUGCUGCUGGCCAUGUUCAUGUAUAUUGUUAGUCCUAGCACUUGGCGUCAGUAUACAAACAAUAAGCCCGGACGUCGGGAUAACAAUCCAGAUGGGUCACCACCACCGCAACCACCGCCAGCCAUUAAUUGAGUUGAGCUGGUGUAUAGCUGUAGUUUUAGAGCUUGGUUCUUAACAAACAAUAACAAAAAAUUGCAUUUCGGUUAAAAUUCACAUAUACGCGUGUGUUACGUACUAUUAAAUACAAAAAGCAAAAAAAUAUAGUUAUUCAUGUGAAAUUUGGAAUGAAUAAACUAAAUGCAAAGAUAUCAAAAUUAAAUUUUUUACGCGUGCGUGUGUAUCUUUUUUAGUAAAAAAAAAAAAACUAGCUCAAUUCAUUUCUUGUUUACUCAAUAUCAAAUUUUUGUACAAACUUACACACACCACUUAUAUAGAUAUUUAUAUACAUAUAUGUAAUAUGUUUGCGUGCAUAGAGAACUACGCUCGAAUUAGCAUAUGAAAUAGAAAAACAUACAUACAAACAAGCACGCCUACAAGUGCAAUAUCAAAGACAAUUGGUUAAUAAAUUUUACCUUAAA